UAUGUAGAUGCACGGCUUUAUGAUUUACAUUAUAUUGAAUCGAUUUAUCGAAUCGAAAUUAUUUCCCACAAUUCCCACUCCAUUGAUACGAUAUAAGUUGUCAUGCAAUACCACGUGCUUUUAUCUAUCCAUAACGUUUUGUAGUAUUUUAGCUUCACCACAAGAACUGUGAAUAUUCUUGUAAUAAACAUAGAUGUAAAUAUAUACAGUAGAAAUGAAUAUUAUACCAUGUAUAACUUGGGUGAAGAAAGGUGUCGCGUCUAAGACUCCUGAAAAGAUUGAAUUAACACCACAGGAACUAGUACAGAUUAUAAAACAAACACAAUCAGAAUUACAAGAUUCUGAAAGUGAGUUGGAUGAAGAACAGGAUGAUAAAUCUUCAAAAUACAAAAACAAAUCAAAAUUUAAGUUUGAUGCAUCUCAAAAUGACGAAUAUAACUUUGAUAAAUAUGAUGAUGAAUCGGGUGAUAUACAUUGCAAUAUUAGUAAUAUUGCAACUUUUGGGAAAGAUGGAAAAGAUCCAUUAGUGACAGGAGAAGAUGAUGAUUCAGAGAAGGAAGAUGAUGGUAUCAAAAGUGACGAUAAUUUGGUAUUGAUAGGACAUGUUGAAGAAGAUGCCAGUACAUUGGAAAUAUUUGUUUACAAUGAAGCAGAAGAUUCAUUUUAUUGCCAUCAUGAUAUAUUACUACCAUCGUUUCCAUUAUGUAUAGAGUGGCUGAACUUUGAUCCUGCAGAUUCAAAACCAAGUAAUUUAUGCGCAAUUGGUAAUAUGACUCCCAUAAUAGAAGUAUGGGAUUUAGAUUUAAUAGAUUGUUUAGAACCAGCUUAUAAACUUGGUCGCAAACCAAGUAAAAAGAAGAAUCAAAAACGUAUUGGGCAUAAAGAUGCUGUGUUGGAUUUGGCAUGGAAUGAAAAUUACACCCAUGUACUUGCUAGUGGAUCAGUUGACCAAACAGUUUUAUUAUGGGAUUUAGAAAAUGGUACACCUGUCAACAAAUUGUCUUCUUUUGGCGAGAAAGUUCAGUCAAUAAAAUGGCAUCCAACGGAAACUCAUCAAUUAUUAACCGGAUGCGCGGAUAAAAUAGUAAGACUGUUUGACUGCAGAGAUGAAACAAUUACAAAUUCUUGGGAAGCAUUAGGAGAAGUAGAGAGAGUUGUGUGGAAUUAUUUUGAUACAAAUUAUUGUAUAGUGAGUACAGAUAAUGGUUAUAUACAAUAUUUUGAUAUUAGACAAGAUGAGCCAAUUUGGAGUGUACAAGGCCACACGAACGAAGUUACAGGUUUGUCUUUUAGUUCAUUUUGUUCUGGUCUUCUUGUUACCUCAGCAAAUGAUGGUGUCAUAAAGGUGUGGGAUACUAUUAAUCAUACAGACCCAUGUCUUGUAUGGGAAAAGAAAACUAAUCUUGGUGCUAUACAAUGUCUCGCAUCAAAUCCAGACGAUCCAUUUGUGUUCACUGUUGGUGGUGAUAACAAAUCACAUAACCUUAAAGUUUUCAAUUUUCUGAAAAUAACAGAAGUACGCGAGAGAUUUCAAAGCAGAAAAAUAUUAAAAAGAAACAAUCCUGAAGAAAUGAUGGAUGUAACUGAAAAUGUGGAAUAAUGUAGAGAGACAUAGUGCAGCACUUAACACAAAAAAAAGAAAUAAGUAAACUGAUAGGAUCAAAAUGAUGAAUUCUAUAAAGACUGCAAAUUGAAGUUAUUCCUGUUUUAUUUUUUACAUGUAUAUUAAUUGAUAUAAAUAAAAUAACAGAAAUGAAUAUACUUGGAA